GGAGAAGGGCGGAACAAAUAUUUUGCAGUGUGAACUGUGUGGGGGACUGAAGAGGUGUAGAGAUAGACACUUAUAAACUACCAAGUUAAGUUGGUGACAAAUCACCUCCUUUUACCGGACUUUUGCCGGAUUUAUCGCACACCAAGUGAAAUAAAGUGAAUCAGCUAAUUAAGGAUGUCCUAUGAAACUAAAUACAUAUUUGCUACUUUACCUCGCACACAAAGAGGACAACCCUUGGUGUUGGGUAGCGAUCCAAAAGGAAAAAAUUUUUUAUACACCAAUGGAAAUAGCGUUAUUAUUCGCAAUAUUGAUAAUCCAGCUAUUUCUGAUAUUUAUACCGAACACUCUUGCCCUGUAAAUGUUGCUAAAUACUCUCCAAGCGGUUUCUACAUUGCUUCUGGAGAUCAGUCAGGAAAAAUUCGCAUUUGGGAUACUGUCAAUAAGGAACACAUAUUAAAAAAUGAAUUCCAACCUAUUAGUGGACCAAUUAAGGAUAUCGCCUGGUCACCCGAUAGCCAACGUAUGGUUGUUGUCGGUGAAGGCAGAGAAAGAUUCGGUCAUGUCUUUAUGGCAGAAACGGGAACAUCUGUGGGUGAAAUUUCCGGUCAGAGCAAAUCGAUCAAUUCCUGUGACUUUAGACCUGUGAGGCCAUUCAGACUGAUUACUGGAAGUGAAGAUAAUACUGUUGCUGUCUUUGAAGGCCCACCAUUUAAAUUUAAGAUGACGAAACAAGAUCACACUCGUUUCGUUCAAGCCGUACGGUAUUCACCAUCCGGAAGCCUCUUCGCUUCCGCAGGAUUUGAUGGGAAAGUAUUUAUCUACGAUGGAGUUUCGUCAGAAAUUGUUGGGGAAGUGGGCUCUCCUGCCCACCAAGGCGGUGUUUACGGAGUGGCAUGGAAGCCAGAUGGGACACAAUUGUUAACAGCAUCCGGAGACAAAACUUGCAAACUCUGGGACGUUGAGACUCGAUCGAUUAUUAGUGAGUUCAACAUGGGUUCGACAGUUGAUGAUCAGCAAGUGAGUUGUUUGUGGCAAGGAAACCACUUGCUUUCAGUCUCACUCAGUGGAUUUAUAAACUAUCUCAAUGUUGACGAUCCUAGCAAACCUCUCAGGAUAAUAAAGGGACAUAACAAACCAAUAACAGUAUUAGCCUUAAGUCCUGACAGAAGUACAAUUUACACCGGAUCCCACGACGGAUACAUUACAAACUGGAACGCCAAAACUGGAGAAAAUGAUCGGGUUCAGGGUCAAGGUCAUGGAAAUCAAAUUAACGGAAUGAAGGCAGCCGAGAAUUCUCUAUAUACGGCUGGAAUUGAUGACACCUUCCGAGUUGUUGAUAUUGCAACCAAUUCUUAUUCAGAAUCUGCGUCUGUAAAGUUGGAUUCUCAACCUCACGGUCUCGAUAUUUAUGGCGAUAUUGUGGUCGUCGCUUCUGUCAGACAGUUGACGGUCAUCCAAAACGGAAGAAAAGUAUCGAGUUCGCCGGUCGAUUACGAGCCCUCGUGUGUUUCGAUCAAUCAAGGAAAUGGAGAAGUCGCAGUGGGUGGGGCUUGUGAUAACAAGGUUCAUAUUUAUACGUUAGAGGGAAACAAAUUAUCUCCGAAGACUGAAUUAGAACAUUUAGGUCCGAUCACAGACGUUUCUUACAGUCCUGACAAUAAUUACGUGGUAGCAUGCGAUGCUAAUCGAAAGGUUAUUCUCUAUUCUCUUCCGGCAUAUAAGUUUGCACAUGAUAGAGAAUGGGGCUUCCAUAGUGCGAGAGUAAAUUCCGUCGCCUGGUCGCCUGAUUCAAUUAUGGUUGCGAGCGGAAGUCUCGAUACGACAAUUAUAAUUUGGAGUCUAACACACCCGGCGAAGCACACUAUUAUUAAACACGCACAUCCACAAAGUCAAAUUACUCGUCUCGUUUGGUUAGACGAGGAGACUCUGAUUUCCGUGGGCCAGGAUUGCAAUACUAAAAUAUGGCGUGUCGAGAAGAUUUAAUCCAUUUUCGGAACGUCAAACUGUCACGGUUUUUUAAAAUUAUUUUGGUGGCAUAACUAACUACAAAUGCAUUUUAUUUAUUUACCAUGUAGCUUACAAAUAUUGUAUAUUAUUUUUUA